UUUUGAAACCCUGGUGUCUUCCUCUUGCUAGGAUUAAACAAGCAGAGUGAAGUAGCUAGCUGAUCAUUGUCGAAUUGGGUGAGAAUUCGAUGGCGAAUCGCGGAGGCGGAGGAGGAGGAGAUCAGGAUCUGCAAUUGACGGAGGAGCUUAGCAAAACCCUAAAACAAGGGGAGAGAAUUCUGGCGCCAACCCGAAGACCCGACGGCACGCUCCGCAAACCCAUCCGCAUUCGCGCCGGUUAUGUUCCCCAGGAGGAAGUCGCCAUUUACCAAUCCAAAGGUGCUUUGUGGAAAAAGGAGAUGUCCUCACAGGCUGGUCCCCCAGGUUUUGAUGAUACUACUCCCGUCGCCGCCGAUGCCAAACCCAAGACCAAGUCUGUAAAGAGGAAUGAAAGAAAGAAGGAGAAGCGGCUGCAGGCUGCUCUUGAAAAGGAGAAAACCUCAGAAGAAGCGGAAACUGGGGAUACUAAGGAGGAAGAGCUACCUGCUCAAGAUGUAGGUCAUGCACCAGCAUCAGUCCAGUCAUUGACAUCUCAGAUGAACGAGCUUGGUGUUUCUUCUAAUUCUGCUCUAGUUACCCCUUCCUCUGACUCAACAGAGGAUUCAAAUCCAGGAGCUCCAGUUCAAGAUAUUGAUAAAAAAAUCCGAGCUCUAAAAAAAAAGAUUCGACUUGCAGAAGCUCAACAGCAGAAAACUCAUCAGCCAGAGCAGUUGGAAAAGUUAACGAAACUUGAAGGAUGGCGUCAGGAGCUAAAGCUUUUGGAGGAUAAAAAGAAAGCUGAAUCAUGAAUGAGGGUUUGUGCUAGUAUCAUGAAUCCAUGUUGUUUCCAUUUAUGUUUUUCUGAGGAAUACAUGGAUGCGUAAUUGUUGAAAGAGGUUCAUCUAUUAAUAUCUUCUAAUCAGCUUACAUUAUGUGCUUUAUAUGACCUGAUCCACCCCUUAUAUGUGCUGUACCAUGUUUGCUCCUCUUUAGUGCCUUCAUCUGCUUGUUCUCUUCA